AUGUGCUUUCUCGUCGAAGGCCAAGACCAUUCGGGCAUGUCUGCUAGAGAGAAGGAUUUGUGUUUCGAGGAGUUUGACGAGCUAGUUACUGGCUGGAUGGGCUACCCAGCAGAGGAUACCACUGCCAACGGACUCUUCGAUGUGCGGAUGGGUCAUGUCUCAGACUAUGGAACCUUCAAAACUGGGACCCCAAUCAACCUGAACCAUAACAGGAAGAUCGAGAUGCUUUACUGGCAGGGCAUGAGCAAGAUUUAG